AUGUGCAGCACCUCGGCACGUGAGGUGGAAUCUCACGCUUUGAAGGUCAGGAGAGAGACGAAAACAAGUGGACACUUCCUGUUUUAUUUAUUGCAGCAGCCUAGAUAUUUAGAUCAGUCAUUAGUCUCCUCUGCAUGUCAUCCCUUGUUUGGAUUUUCCUCAAAGCUCUCCUCUUUUCCACCACCCCUUCUCACAGCCUCCUCUCCUAUCGACACUUCAUCCACCCUUUUCACCUCUGGAAGUAGCUCUCGCUCUGCCCUCCCUUCUUCCUCCUCCUCCUCCUCCUCCUCCUCUUCCACAUCCUCUUCUUCCACCCUGUCCCACAAUGUGGAGGCACGGGAGGCCGAGGUGAGGCUCUUGCCUCCCCUGCUGAAGGACCAGGCCUGGGGGGUUCACGCCCAGGAGGCUUUCCUGCUCUUCUGCCUCGCUCUGGGUCCUAGUGAUCUCCACAUUCACUGGCUAAUAAACGGGCACGGCCUGGACACCCCUGUAACGGAGUACCGCCAGCCGCUGGGCCAGAGGGAGGUGCUGGUGAGCAGCUGGCUCCGAGAGGCGCCGCUCAUCAAGGACGCCCGUUACCACUGUGUUGCUGAGGCCAGCACAGGAAGUGACACGUCUGAGGUCGACCUGCACCUCACUAUCGGAGAUGAGCACAUUCCAUCCAGGGAUUUGCACCAAUGGAGAGGUGCACUCACAGAGCACGAGCAGCUGCUUAAAAGAUGGGAAAAGGCCUGGGAAAGCUGUGAGGGACACACGGCUCUGUGAGCACUGGCUGAAUCUGGUGGUGAACUGGCUCCCGAGUCCAGGUGGACCGCACCUCUGACACUGGAACUUUCAGAAACCAAUCAAAAGCGUCUCAGUGUCACUUACAUGGGGGGUGGGGGGUUGAUGGACCAUGAAGCAAAGUUUUGGCAGUGCCUACCUCCUGCAGAGCCUCGCCUGGUUGCAUGAUUGAUGGUUUUGGAGCUCUUGGAGACGAAGCCCAGCAUUUUUCUCAGUUUGAGGAUGUUUUUGCGCUGCCUUUGUUGCUACUUGAACUGAUGGAAGCCAAAAUCCUGAAAGCGGUGCUUGUAUGGAAGAAUAAAACUUACUAUACGAGGUUUGCUAGCAGUUUUUGUAUUUAUAGUGUAAUUUAUUGUGGGAUGUUUGCACCUUCACUUUCAUCAGCACCACUCGUAUUGGAAAAAGGACCAUGUGUUUUAUUCUUAAAGUCCUUUUCAGCCUAGACUAGAGUGACACUUGUUUAUGUGAAAACAAGUAAGUUUCUUUAUUUAUAGUAUAAAUCUUAUCUUUAACAUAAAGCAUGCUCAGAAAAAAACAAAAACAGUCUUGCUGUUUUCUUUCAUUACAGUCAUAUUA